UUGUUUGAGAGUCAAUUGCAUGGAUUUUUGUCCGUAAUGAAGUUCAUAGUUUUUUUCGUCUACAUACCUUUUGUUUACUCAGAAUCACACACCUUCAUAACUACAUACACUGGAAUAAAUGGACAUACGAUUGAAGGCAUCCCAGAGUUUUCUGCCGUAACUACUCUGGAUGGACGACAGAUUGAUUAUUAUGACAGUGAGAUAAAGAAGCUGAUUCCCAGACAGGACUGGAUGAAGGAGUUUGCAUCUACAGACACGUGGAAAGAAGACACUGAGAUCAGACAACAAGUACAGCAGAUCUACAAAAACAAUAUUCAUGUUCUAACAGAGCGAUUCAAUCAGUCACAUGGUGUUCAUACGUAUCAGAGGAUGUAUGGAUGUGGUUGGGAUGAUCAGACUGGAGCUUCAGAAGGGUUUGAUCAGUACGGUUAUGAUGGAGAGGAUUAUGUCGCACUAGACGUGAAGGAGCUCAGAUACAUGACACCUGUACCACAGGGAUUCAUAACAAUGGCCAAGUGGAAUAAUGACAGACCCCAGCUUAAAUUUCUACAACAAUACUAUGGACAUGAUUGCGUUUACUGGUUAAAACAGUUCUUGCCUUUGAGGAAAGUGGAUUUAGAGAGAAGAGCUCCUAAAGUGUCUCUGUUACAGAAAGAUUUCUCGUCUCCAGUGGAGUGUCAUGCCACAGGUUUUUACCCAUCAGCAGUGACUAUCACCUGCUUAAAAAAUGGACAGGAUCACGAUGAGGAUGUGGAUCUUGGAGAGCUACUACCAAAUGUAGAUGGGACCUUCCAGAAAUCAUCUACCCUCAAUAUUAGACCAGAGGAGUCAAAGACGAACCAGUAUGUUUGUGUGGUGGAGCACGAGGGAAGGACCAUCCAGAAGAUUCUGACUGAGGAUGAGAUCAAGAGUAACACCAACUCUGUCCACUGUUGUGGUUCUACUGAAGCUGUGAUCCGAUUGUUCAGCAAACAAGAAGUUAAUUUCUUCAUCAUCUUUGUACCAGUUCACAAUUAA